CACUAAUUGUACAUGCAAUACACUCCGUUUUGCUUCUCCUUACUUUUCCUUACGUCCGAGAUUUCUCUCCUACGGAAGCGGGAUGUGGCCGACGUGGUCCCCCAACCCCCGGCAACCCCGGCGACUCCAUCCGCUGAUGGGAUUUCUUGCAUCACUCAGUCCUUGAUUUGGCGCUCAGCAACAUUUAAAAAGAUGGAACAUCAGGGUUUCUUCCAGUGCAGAUAUGGCGAAACCUCUCGUUCUGGUGACCGGUGCUUCUGGAUUUUUGGCCUCUCAUAUUAUAUCUUUGCUCCUGGCUGAGGGAUAUACUGUUCGCGGGACUGCACGCCCAGCCAAGAUAGAAUCCCUCCGAGCUGCGCCUGUCGCUGGCAACCCGGACUUCUCGCUAGUGCAGAUAGAUGACAUUGCGACGUCAGAUCUUUCUGGAGCUUUGAAAGACGUUGACUAUAUCAUCCAUGCUGCUUCACCCUUAGCGGGAAAGGAAUCUCCACAAGAAUCUCUUCAGAUGGCAAGGAAUGGGACGUUGAACGUGCUCGCUUCUGCUCUAAAGGCCGGAGUAUCAAACGUUGUCCUGACGAGCAGCUGGGCAACUACUUUAGAUCCGUCUCUCGAGAAGACAUAUCAAGGAGUCAUUUUUAGCGAAAAAGAUUGGGGUAGUGUGACGGAGGAAGAAUUUCUUAGCAGAGAUCAUAAUCUGCUCUGGGGAUAUCUCGCUAUCAAGACUCUAGCUGAGAAAAUGGCGUGGAAAUUUGCCCAGGAGAACCCGACAUUGGAUCUAGCGACUAUCAAUCCUCCAUUCAUAGAUGGUCCAGUCAACGCACAGUUCCCCCCUGUAGCACCUGACAGGCUAGGUGCAAACAGAAUGAUUUAUAGUUUGAUAUCCGGCGAAUCUGGACGCCCUCUACCUGUCCAACUUCCCCCUUUCUACUGUGAUGUUCGUGACGUGGCACGAGCCCAUGUCAAGGCGCUUACCCUUAAUCGUUUUGAACCCCCGGAGAAGAAGAGAUUUCUCGUGUCAGGAGGUCACUUUACAUGGAAGGAGGCUGUGGAGUAUCUUGAGAAGAGCCGGCCUGACUUGAAGUCGCGGCUACCUUCCGUCACUGGCAGUUCAUCCGAGCUUCCCGGAAAGUUAUCAUCGAUCGACGUGACUCGAGCUCGGGACAUUUUACACAUGGAAGAAUAUAUCGGAUGGGAGAGUACCAUUGGUGAUACCAUUUCUUCGCUUCUUAUUGCAGAAAGGAAGUGGGUACAGAGCUAGAUUUAUAAACUUUGUCCAAUAGAGAACCCUUGACACGUUCUGGUAUCGAUUGGAUCCUGAGGCAAGAUCUGAUGGUGCUUCAGUGAAGGCAAGUACCCAGUCAUUAUGGAUGUUACGUGGCAGAUGGUCGGCAGAGAGACGGCACAAGCUGUACUGAGAUCCAACUCUGCUAAUUACGAACCUCUGCCACGCGAUCAAUGAAACAUUCGUACGCCGCACGUAGCGGGUCCUGAGGGUUUUCUUGGUAUGUAGGUAUCAAGGUAGCCGAUGGACGAAAGCGAUAGUAUUGAUACGUUCCCACGCCACAGACACGUCAAAGCGUCACAAGGGAACGAGAAAAGUCAGCGUGAUUCAAAGGGUAGAUAAAAAACAGUGCGCCGCCGCGCAGCAGUGUAGGGAAUUUGCUUCAUCCUGCAAGUAAGACACGCGCAUGGAUCUGACCAA